AUGCCUGAUAUCGAACUAUAUACUACAAAAUUCUACACUACUUGUACCCUAGGUGGGAUCAUUGCUUGUGGUCCAACCCAUUCCUCUGUUACUCCGUUGGAUUUGGUCAAAUGUCGUUUACAAGUAAACCCUUCUCUGUAUAAAUCAAAUUUACAAGGUUGGCAAAAUAUAAUUAAAAACGAAGGCGGUGUCAAAGCCAUUUUCACUGGGUUUGGUGCCACAUUCAUCGGCUACUCUUUACAAGGUGCAGGUAAAUACGGUGGGUAUGAAUUCUUUAAACAUUAUUACUCAACUUGGUUCCCCAACUUAUAUUCCAAUUACUCCACUUUGGUUUAUCUAGGUGCCUCAGGUACUGCAGAAUUCUUGGCUGAUAUCAUGUUAUGUCCCUUCGAAGCUAUCAAAGUCAGACAACAAACCACCAUGCCACCUUUCUGUAAGAACGUUUUCCAAGGUUGGAGCAAGAUUGUUUCCAAAGAGGGAAUCGCAGGACUAUACAAAGGUAUCACCCCUCUUUGGUUCAGACAAAUCCCUUACACUAUGGUUAAGUUCACCUCUUUUGAAAAAAUCGUAGAAUCCAUUUACUCCUAUUUACCAACACCAAAAUCCCAAAUGUCCAUGUUGCAACAAAUCUCCGUCAGUUUCACAGGUGGGUAUCUAGCAGGUAUUCUUUGUGCCGCCGUUUCGCACCCGGCCGAUGUCAUGGUUUCCAAGAUCAAUAAUGAAAGAGCUAAAGAUGAAGAAAUGCUUGCCGCCACCAAACGUAUCUAUAACCGUAUUGGGUUCAUGGGUCUAUGGAACGGUCUUACCGUGAGAAUCUUCAUGAUUGGUACGUUGACAUCUUUCCAAUGGUUGAUUUACGAUUCUUUCAAAGCUUAUGUCGGAUUACCAACUUCAGGUUGA